AUGACAUUCAACAAAAUGCGCUUCCCAAUCGUUUGGAUUACUUUGGCACUUUGUGUCGUUUUAUGUGCUAUUGAGGUACAUUCCGGACCAGUGGAUCAGGAUUUGAGACUGGCUUCUAAGGAUUCCUCAAGAUCCGGCCGACAAGAACCAUAUGAUGAAGAUUCCGGCGAGGAAAAUGAUGAUGGCAGUAAUGAAGGGGGUGAUGAUGACGAUGGAGAAGGCGACAGCGGUGCUGGUGACGAUGACGACGAAGAAGAAGAAGAAAGAAGUCUCCACAAACGUCAUGUGAGAGAUGCUGUACAAAAACCACUCCUUGUCAAUGAUGAACAACAACAACCCGAUGAAGAUAGUGUCAUUCCGAGUACUGACGCACCUGGCACCGACAAACCAACCAAGAAGCCAUCGGUACUCCUGAUGCUUAGCACUGCAUUGGAUAAAGCUAUAGCGGCGACGACGAAACUCCCUUCCCAACAAAUGGCCAGUGAUGCUGCUAGUGUUUUCUUGCUACUCGGUCAAGUUUUCAGUGAAGCUAUUGACAAGGUGAUCGGUGAGGAUGGCCCGGAAGAAGCAGCUGUAACUGAAAUUGGAGUAACAGUUGCUCCAGUUUAUAGUCCAGCUGAAGAGUUGACAGCACAACUUCCCAUUGAACAUCAUCCAGUGAAAGUUGAAAAACAACCAGAAAUUAACUCUAGUCAGAGUCAGAGUGUUGCAUUUCCUUCGAGUUCAUAG